CCAUCAUCUGACAACAUCUCUUGGUGUAUCUAUGUUGGGACAAUCACCACCAUUGUGCCUGCCACUUUUGUGGUGAUUCUGCGAUAUAUCGCUCGCUACGUUGCUAAAGCUGGCUUUUGGUGGGAUGAUUUUAUCAUCGUCGCGGCGCUGGGGAUUAACUGGGCCCUAGCAGCCACAAAAUGGGUACAAAUCGCGAAUUAUGGUCUUGGUCAGGAUAAUGUACAUCUACAACCCGAUCAAGCUGCAGGUCUGGGAAAGAGUUUCCUAGCUACGCAAAUGCUAUACCUCGUCAAUGCCGUUCUCACGAAAGCAUCUCUGAUCCUCCUAUACUAUCGCAUCUUUGGAGUUGUCAGGGGAUUCCGCUGGGCUCUCUGGGCAUCCUUCUGUUUGGUGAUCUGUUACUACGUUGCCUGUGUGAUCGUCUCAAUAUGCGGUUGCUCUCCAGUCUCUAAGUAUUGGGAUUCCAGUCUCCCAGGAACCUGUAUCGACUCAAUCGCCUUUUUCCGAUGGAACGGGGUUGCCAACAUGCUCCUCGACGUUUUGAUUCUUUGCCUUCCAUACCCGAUGGCAUGGCGCUUACAAACAACUUUGCGACAAAAGUGGAUUCUUACAGGUAUCUUUCUCCUAGGUGGAUUCGUUUGUGUGGUUUCCGUUCUUCGGAUUACGAGCUUCGACUUUAACACUCUGGACAAUGCCACUUAUGUCAGUGUCGUACCAUCAACCUGGUCCUCUGUUGAGCAAUCGGUUGGUAUCAUCUGCGCGUGUCUUCCAACACUUCGGCCCCUUCUUAGAUGGCUAAAUGGUAGCUCUGUCAGGAGUAUCCGCAAAAGAGACAGUGCUUCUUCUGACUUCCCAGAAAGAGGCCCCUUAUCCGGCCGAUCAUCGCAGGGAGGCGAAGAGAAUUCUCUUGAUGCCUUGGCUUCUCCCACAUCUCCCACUCCCCUCAUCUCCCAGGUGGAACAAGAGCAUAUUCGUGGGUUAUCAUGUCAGGAAGGGGAUACCAUUGAAGACCAGAACGGGGACGUGUGGACAGUGGAGGAAUCUGAUAGGGAUCCUGAAAGCCAAAUUCCUCGGCUUGAGUCGUUUGCCUAG